AUGAAGCUUCGCGGUGUCUUUCGUGCGGCCAAGUUACCCAACGGACAAAGCGCCAUUGGCACAAAGUGGGUCUUCAAGAUCAAGCGCAAGGCGGAUGGGUCGAUCGAGAAAUACAAGGCACGACUUGUGGCCAAGGGUUUUCGCCAAAAGUAUGGCAUCGACUACACGGAGACGUUCUCGCCCGUGGUCAAGUAUGUGACGCUGCGAAUGGUCAUCGCCAUUACCAAGCACUUUGGAUGGCCCCUCGACCAGCUCGAUGUGGUAACUGCGUUCCUGUAUGGAGUGAUGAAGGAGAAGGUGUUCUGCGCUGUUCCGGAAGGCGUCAAGAUGGAAGGUGAUUUCGACUGUCUCGAGCUGAUCAAGGCGAUCUACGGUCUCAAGCAAGCCUCGCGUGUUUGGAACGAGACCUUCGACGAGUUCAUACGCUCGAUUGGUUUUCAAGCGUCGGGAUUCGAUCCAUGUCUCUACAUCAUGACUUCGGAAGGCCAUUGUGUUUUUGUGCUGGUCUACGUGGACGAUGUCUUGGUGACUGGAAGCUCACUCGAGAUGAUUGCGCGCACCAAGAACGACCUCAAGACACGCUUCGAGAUGACGGACAGCGGCAAGUGUGCCUUUGUUCUUGGGAUCGAGUUAUUGGACGGUGAAGAUGGCAGCGUGACUAUGUGUCAGCGCCGUUAUGUCGACGAUGUCUUCAAGCGCUUUGGAAUGGAUGAGUGCAAGGCUGUGGCAAGUCCGGUGGACGUCAGCUCUCGACUGGUUCCAAGCAACUCUGCAAGCAAGGUGGAUGUCCCAUUCCGUGAAGCAGUGGGUGCUUUGAUGCAUCUGACGACUGCAACGCGACCGGACAUCGCCUAUGCUGUAAGCUUUGCGUCACGGUUCAUGGAGAAAUCCCAAGAAGAACACUGGGUUGCAGUCAAGCGCAUCUUCCGCUACCUACAAGGCACCAAGAUGCAUGGAAUCUGCUACAAGCCAAGUGCGAAGAUCGACUUUCGUGGCUAUUCAGAUGCAGACUGGGCCGGUGACCUUGCUGAUCGCAAAUCGACGUCCGGCUACGUCUUCAUGCUAUUGGGUGCUCCGGUGAGUUGGGGCAGCAAGAAACAGCCAAGUGUGUCACUGUCUACAAGCGAAGCGGAGUACAUCGCGCUCAGCCUGGCGAUCCAAGAAGGCAAGUGGAUCAAUCGCUUGCUGUGCGAGAUCAUGGCGGCUGCAAACGAAGAAGGACCCGAGCUCGUCAUCCGUGAAGACAACCAGUCGUGCAUCAAGAUGACGAAGAAUCCGGUCAACCACGGCCGCGCUAAACACAUCGACAUCAAGUACCAUCACAUCCGUGAUGAAGUCAAGCGCGGCGAAGUGAAUCUUGAAUACUGCGAGACGACGUUGAUGUUGGCGGACAUCAUGACGAAGGGACUUCACGGACCGCGUCACAAGGACUUGACGGCGGCGCUUGGCAUCCGUGCGUGUUCGGAUUGA